AUGCCAGGAGGAGGCAUCAGGAUGGGACAGAAGUUUCCUCUCGCCCUCGUCCUCUCUUAUCUUCCGUUUGUUUAUUUUCCCACUGCCAGAGGAAUGAUGUGGUUGAUAUGCUGGACGUCCCCAUCAGACACAUCAUCUUCCGGCAUUGGGCUGAUCCUCGCUCUCCCUCUCUCUUUCUCAUCUUACCAAACAUUUCCUCACCUCACCUGCCAGAGGAAUGAUGUGGUUGAUCUGCUGCCUGAACCCAUCUGGCACAUCAUCUUCCGCCACCUGCUGAAGAAGCAGGGUGACUCCUGGGGCGCAUGGGAAUGGGGAGCAGGCAGCGACUCGUAUGAGGAGAAUGCAGGCCCCUUCGGCUCCUCCUGGCCUGUGCUGUGCUGUGCCAUGGCCAGCAAGAGGCUCUUCGCUCAUGUCAUCUCCUUCCACGAGCGCGAGCCGUUCCCGCUCGUAGUGGACUCUCAGGAGCAUCGGCUGGCAGCAGCGCUCUCCUUCUUCCUCCGACACACCGCCCACACGUCCCUUGAUCUCCUUCUCAACACCUCCCAAGACCUGCUCUGCCUCCGCCGUCUCAUGCACUACUCUACGCGCUCCCUCACGAGCCUGUGCCUUGAUGUGAGGGAAUCCCCUGGUCAACCGCUGGAUCCAGCCUUUCUCGGGGAGUUUCAGCAGCUGCAGCAGCUGGAGCUGCGACUUGGGAGUUGGCAGCUAGGCAACCUGGAUCCAGCAAGGUUCCAGGCUUUAAGGAUUCUGAAAGUCCACCUUUUGGAGUCCAACAGAAGGGACCUGUCCUUUCUCUCAUCCGUCGCACCGCAGCUGCAUGAAUUCGCUCUCUCCUGCUCCGGCAUCGGCUCUUCCACCCUCAAUUUCGAGUUCACCGCUGCUCGAUCUAUCGCAAUCUGCUUCGAGAAGCAAGCAGUCACCCUUCGCUUCGCCCUCCCUGCGUCUUUGAAAUCCUUCUCUGCCUCAGGGCAUUGCCUAAACGUCGACUGCAGAUCUGACAGCCCUCUCUCGCUCGCCUCCUUCUCUCUGAUUGGACGCUCGCAUCUCAUCUUUUCAUCGCUCCCAUUGGCUUCCGCCAAAUCAGUCUACUUGAGCUUUCGAACCCCUGAAAACCUCGACUCUCAGCUGGCCUUUACCCAGCUUCUCAGCAGCAUAGCGCCGACAGUGGAGAAGCUUAUAGUGAGGCAUGACUGGCCUCUGGAGGGCGUGCAUGUGGAGUGGAGCUGCCUGCGCCGCCUUGCCAUUGGUGUGAACCGAUUCAGCACUGAGGGGUUUGGAUACAAUGCUCACAUGUACAGCGCGGACGAUCUCUAUUUCUUGAAGUGCUUCGGUGGGGAAGGAGGGAGCAGCGGCGGCAGCAGCGGCAGCAGCAGCAGCAGCGGCGGCGGCAGACGGUGA